AUGUUGGUGCCAAUAUUUUUUGUUGUGAGUUUCGUGGUGUGCGGAGUAGCUGGAAAACCGACCAGUAAAGAAAAUGACGUUCAAAUCCCAUGUCAUUUUGCUACCUAUGAUAUGGACGGCGAUGAGAAUAUUUCUCUGGAAGAGUUUCUGAGAGCGACUGCAGGCUUCACAAAAAUGGAUCCUAAGACUUUGUAUGAACAUUUGGAUACGAAUGGUGACCAGGCAAUCAAUAUUGAGGAGUUUACUCAUGUAACUCCAAGUCUGGGGGAUGUCGGAAUUCUUGAUCACUGUCAGCGUCGUCGGUGCUGGGCAGUAUGCAUUCAUAUUGGAUAA